AUGACGAAACGACUGUGGACAUGGACAAGCUUCCUACUGCCGCUGGCGGUUGCUGAACAGCCUUCAGCUCUAAAACCAGUCGCAGCGCCUAUGAGAGACUUGCCGUGGGGCCAACUGAACUUUUUACAAACCACAGAUACUCAUGGCUGGCAUGCCGGUCAUCUACAAGAGCCCCAGUAUUCAGCCGACUGGGGCGAUUACAUUUCCUUUGCAGAAAGAAUACGCCAGAAGGCAGACGACAUGGGUGUGGAUGUUCUCGUUGUUGAUACUGGGGAUCGGAUAGAAGGGAACGGGCUAUACGAUGCUUCAGACCCCAAGGGAGAAUACACCUACGACAUUUUCAAGGAACAACACAUUGAUGUUCUGUCCACGGGCAACCACGAAUUAUACCAUAUUGAUGCUGCGGAACGGGAAUACACGAAGACGGUACCGAACUUCAAAGGGCACUAUCUGGCUUCCAAUCUCGACUAUAUCAAACCCAACACCGGAGAGGUAGUCCCAAUGGCGCAGCGAUUUCGGAAGUUUACAACCAAGCACCAAGGCAUAAAGGUUCUUGCAUUUGGGUUCUUGUUUGAUUUCACCGGAAAUGCGAAUAAUACUGUCGUCCAACCGGUAGAAAAAACUAUCCAGGAGAAGUGGUUUCAGGACGCUAUCAGAGAGGAUGUGGACCUUUUUCUGGUAGUCGGUCAUGUCACGCCUCGUGGACCCGAAUACAAGGCAGUUUACGAAGCUAUCAGAAGACAAAGGUGGGAUACGCCUAUACAAUUCUUCGGCGGCCACAGUCACGUUCGAGACUUUUCGAAGUACGAUUCCAAAGCAUACGCUUUACAGAGUGGCCGAUACAUGGAGACUAUUGGCUGGCUCUCUAUCGAGGGUAUCAAAGUCACGGGGAAGAAGGAAGAUCAAAAUGGAGUCGGUGCUGGAGCAAGCUACACGGUUAAGCGAAGAUACAUUGACAACAACCUAUUCGGGUACCAUUACCACACAGGCCUGAACGAGACCACUUUCCCUACCGAUCACGGAAAAAACGUAUCGAGCUUGAUUCGCAAAGCCAGAGAAUCAUUGGAACUCGACUACAACUUUGGCUGCGCACCAAAAGAUCUCUGGCUCAACCGAGCCCCUUACCCCAGCGAUAACAGCCUUCUCACCUGGCUCGAAAAAGAAGUCAUGCCAGAUGUAAUCAACAACAAAGAUCGUAAAAAUGUACCUGCAUUAGCAAUUACUAAUACAGGUGCCAUGCGAUUCGAUAUAUUCAAAGGCAGCUUUUCCCGUGACACGACAUACAUCAUCUCCCCAUUUGCCAGCAAAUUCAAAUACAUCAAAGAUGUGCCCUACAAAUCAGCUAAGAACCUGCUUAAGAUGCUCAACAACAACGGUCCUAUCUUCACCACCUCAGGUCUCCACACAUCGCAACUUGCACCCCCAGAACAAAUUUCCAUCCAAACCGACAUGAUUGCCCCAACCCACGAAGCAUCCGAUUUCUUCCCCGGAUCCUCACAGUCCCCUCUCAUCUCCUCUUCUGACCCUCCAAAUCUUAUCCCAGGCUACAUUACCAAAGACGAUAGCGGCUCGGACGGCGACGACACCCUGCACGCCCCCAUCUCCUUCUACAGAGUGCCCAACUGCAUCCAAAGCCCCAUCUCCUUUCCCUCCUCCGGCGAACCCGAGACCGUUGACGUCGUAUUCGUCGACUUCAUCCAGCCGUGGAUACUGCUUGCGCUGCAGUUCUCGGGGGAGAGUUAUACGAAGAGGGAUGUAGAGGAAUAUAUGGAUGAGACGUUGACGGAGUUGAUGGCGGGAUGGAUUAAGAGGAACUGGGGGCAGGAUUGCUAG